GCAAAAGGCAUUGAACAAGCCAAAAUCCCGGCUCCCGGCUCCAGCGGGCCAGACCCGCUCUGCAGUUGAUACCGUACGGGUAUUUGCCUCAGGUGGUCCCAGCAACGCCAUCCAUUGUCUUGGAUACAGGUCCCAGCCUCGCCCUCCACAGUGAGAAAAUGCGCAACAAACUAGUAAAGGCACGGCCGCAUUCCGAGCAGAAGCCUGUCUUCUCCAUCCACCAGGAUGCCGAGCAGAGUCAUUCGCCGGUGACGACCCUGUCUACAGAACCAACACCAGUCACGACACCAAUCAAACAGCCGCCGAGCAACGCCUCCCGGUCUGUCCAUGACCACGCCUCACAUCGGCCGUCCCUCACACCUGUCUCGGAAGGCGCGAUCAACUCGGCAAUGUCACGAACAACAACAGCGAGCACCAUAGUCAACGGCAAGACAGCGCCGGCUCCUCCUACUUCAUCUCCAAACACCCGGAUCCCGAACCGCAUGAAUUCAACCAUCAGGGCAGUGCCAAGUUUCGAUGAAAGGCACCAGCUCUCUGAGGAGGAAUCCAGCACAGACGGGGCAGAUUCACAGUCAACAUCUCGAGACUCGGGUUUCGGAUCAGUCAAUAGCAAAGCAAGCAUGUCAUCCACAAUAUCUCAGUACCGGCCACAACCAACAGCCAACGGGUUGACCAAGAUGCCGUCUACUGGGAGGUUAAAACCGCCGCCACCGCAAGACGGCAGCACCGACGGACUAGCCGGUAGACCUUUAAAAUCCCGCGCGAGCUUUGUCGACCUGCCCUCCCGAGAGGCUAAUAUCCCCUCACUCACCGGCGACCCAGCGCCGACACAAGCAAACGACAUGUCGUCACUGACGGCCACCGAAGCGCAACUGUCCAAUGGCUGGGACAACUCGGUGGGCAAGGCCGGGCUGGGCAAGACGGGGCGGGUGAUCAACCGGCUGGUGUCGGACAACGAGGCGCUGAAGCGGGACAUACAGAUUGAGCGGCUGCGGGCCGAGGAGUCGCGGCAGGCGGCGCGGCUACUCGAGGACAAGCUGGAGCGCGUCAUUUCGGACUACGAAUCACGGCUGCUCGAGGCCAACGUGGCCAAGACGCUACUGGCGCGCAAGGAGCGCCAGGUCGAGACGCUGCAGGACACGGUAGAACUCGAGCGCAAGCGCGCCCUCGACGCCGCCGAGAGGGAGCGCAUCUGGAAGGACGAAAUGGUCCAGGCCAAGGACGACGCCAAAAGGCGGAUCGAUGAGGCCACCAACUACGCGGCGCUCUGCGAGGGGAGGUAUAACGCCAUUAGCAGCCACUGGCGGGAUCAGGGUGAGGAGGUCAAGAGGGCCAUGGGCAAGAUGCGCAAAGAAGUGGAAGAUUUGGUAGAGCAGCGGAAGAAGGAUGAUGACAAGAUUGAGACGCUCCGGGAGCUGUGCGAUCAGCAGGACGGGAACAUCAGGGAGUUGAAGAGGCAGAAGGAGGAGAUUGAGCGGCAGUUUGAGAGGUAUAAACUGCAACAGGAGGAGGCGCUGAGGGAUAUCAAGCGGAAGGCGGACGAACGGGAACGCGAGCAGGAACGGACGCUGCAGGAGGCGAGGGAGGUGCUGAAUAAGCUGAAAUGGGCGCUGAAUAUCAAGGCGACGAUCGAAUGGGCUCAGUGAGAGUGCCGGACAGUUCCCGGCUUCGCGAUAGCAGGCAAGUCUUGCGGACUGCUUGACCGGGUUCUUUACUGAGCAUGAGCAACGAGCGGCGGAUACCACCACUCACGCUUAUUUCUUUUCUCUUGUUUGUUUUUCGAAGCCUCCUUGUUACGAUAUGUAAUGAUGAUACCUGGGCUCUUUUUUCCCCUGUUCUUCUUCUUUUCUUUUAUUAUUAUUUUGUUCCUUUCCCUGGG